CAUAUCCAACGCGGAGUUUUUAUCUUUUUGUUUUAUGACUUUUUCUUCCUUAAUUUUUUCCCUCUUGUAACAGAACUCCUCUUUUAGGUCUUAUCCCCAAAUAAGGCCUUGACAUCACCUUUAGCCCUAGCCCUAGCUUUUAGGUCCAAUUAGGGUUUUUGAUUUCCAAGCUCAAAACUUGAAUAGGAAGCUCGAAACUUUGAAGCUCAAGCCCAUUAGCUUCGUCUUCCACCUCUGGUUUCUGUUGCAGAAAUUCGAUUUUUUUUUUUAAUUCGGAUUUUCGGAAGUUUAAAAAAUAUAAUUCUGAAUUUGUUUUCGCGGGCGGAUUUUCUGUAGUUUGUUUGAUUUACUUAACUACAGAUCUGUUAAUCGAGGAUUAUGACUUCUAUGGAUAUGGACUCGCCGACAACCCCUAUUUUGGCCAUUACUCCUGUAAUGCUUCCUGAUAACAAUGAAGAGCCCAUUUCUGAGGAGCAGCCCAAUAAACGCAGGAGAAAGAAGUCGAUUGUUUGGGAACACUUCACUAUAGAAACUGUUGGUCCUGGUUGUAUGAGGGCAUGCUGCAAGCAGUGCAAGAAAUCAUUUGCUUAUAUAACUGGUUCAAAGCUAGCAGGGACCAGCCACCUUAAGCGACACAUUGCCUUGGGGAUCUGUCCAGUAAGCCGUCAGAAAAAUGAAGCAUCCCAAAUGACAUCAGGUGUGAAAACUGAUCCACCUAGAAGACGCUACCGAGCAACUCCUGGAGUUGGAAGCAUUCCCUUUGAUCAGGAUCGUUGCAACCAGGAGAUAGCUAAGAUGAUUAUACAGCAUGAAUAUCCACUCCACAUGGUGGAACAUCCUGCCUUCAUUGAUUUUGUCCGAACUCUUCAACCCCAGUUCAAUGUGGCGAGUUUCAACACCAUUCAAGGAGAAUGUGUGGCAAUGUACCUGAGGGAAAAGCAACACCUUUUGAAUCUUGUCAGUGGGAUUCCUGGACGAGUCAGCCUUACUUUGGAUUUAGCGACUUCAAACCUUAAUAUUGGCUAUGCUUUUCUAGCAGGACACUUCAUUGAUGAUGAUUGGAAUUUGCAUCGCUUGGUCCUUAAUGUUGUCAUGCUUCCUUUUCCUGAUUCGGAUUAUGCCUUUAAUCAGGCUGUUGUGUCUUGCAUAUCUGAUUGGAACUUGGAGAGCAGGCUAUUUACCCUUACCCUUGAUCAACCCUUUUCAAAUGAAAACAUAAUUGUAAAUCUCAGAGGCCUGUUGUCUGUCAAGAACCCACUUUUGUUCAAUGGUCAAUUAUUGAAAGGGAAUUGCUAUGCUCGUGUUUUAAGUCGUCUUGCACAAGAUGCACUUGGAGCAAUGGGGGAAGUUAUCAGGAGAAUCCGUGAAAGUGUGAAGUAUGUGAAAACCUCAGAAACACAUGAUGAGAAGUUUAAUGAGCUGAGGCAACAACUUCAAGUCCCUAGCACAAAAGAGCUCAUCAUUGACGAUCAAACCAAAUGGAGCACUACUUACCAAAUGCUGGUGGCUGCUUGUGAAUUAAAGGAAGUAUUUGCCUGCUUGGAUACCUCUGACCCUGUUUACAAGAUAAACCCAUCAAUGGAUGAUUGGAAGCAGGUGGAAAUUCUGUGCACAUACUUGAAGCUUUUCUAUGAUGCAGCUAGCAUUUUAACUGGCCCAACAUAUCCACCUGCCAAUGCAUUUUAUCAUGAAGUGUCCAAGGUCCAGCUAGAGCUGACACAUGCAGCCAUGAGCCAGGACCCAUUUGUCAGCACCCUAACCAAACCUUUGAAAGAGAAGUUUGAUCAAUAUUGGAGGGACUGCUUCCUUGUUUUGGCAAUUGCUGUUGUCAUGGAUCCGAGAUUUAAAAUGAAACUUGUUGAGUUCAGUUUUUCUAGGAUCUUUGGUGAGGAUGCUGGUAUGUGGGUCAAGUUUGUUGAUGAUGGGAUUCAUGAACUCUUUCGGGAAUAUCUUGCACCAAAUCUUUCUGUAUCGACUUCUUUUAUGGAAGCAGAGGAUAUGGGCAUCCCUCAAUCAGAGAUACUUCAAGAAGUACCCCCUAAAGAAGUAGCACCCCAGGAAGCACACUUUGAAGUACCCCUUCAAUUGGAUAACCCUGCAAAUGCAUCUCCACAAGAAGUCCACUCUCAAGGAGCAGCCUUUCAAGAUGUAAAGCCUGAAGAAGCAACUCCCCAAGUGCACUCUAAAGAUGAACCUCCACAAGAUGCAUCUCAUCAAAUGAUGUACCAUCUUGAAGAAGCUGAACAAAAGGUGCACCCUCAGGAAGUAUCAAUGCGAGAGAUGCAGACUCAGGAAAUACCAGUACAGGAGAUGGACACUCGAGAAAUACCAGUGCAGGAGAUGCGUGCUCAAGAAGCAUCAGUGCCAGAGAUGCAUGCUCAAGAAACACCAGUGCAGGAGAUUCCCUCUCAAGAAGCACCAGCGCAUCAAGAAAUACCAUUGCAAGAUGCAGACACUCAAGAAGUACCUGCUCAAGAGAUGAAUGCUCAAGAAGUACCUGCUCGAGAGAUGCAUGCUCAUGAAGUGCCUGCUGAAGAGAUGCACACUCGAGAAGUACCAUCUCAAGAUAUGCAUGCUGAAGAAGUUCUGUCUCAAGAGAUGCAUUCUAAAGAAGUAUGUAACCAAGAGGUGCACCCUCAAGAAGUGGUGGCUCAAGAGGAGCACCAUCAAGAAGUGGUGACUCAGGAGAAGCACCAUCAAGAAGUGGUGGCUCAAGAAGAGCACCGUCAAGAAGUGGUGACUCAGGAGAUACACCCUCCAGAAGCACAGACCCAGGAGAUGCAUCCUCCAGAAUGUCAGACCCAGGAGAUGCAGAAUCCAGAAUCACAGACCCAGGAAAUGCACUCUCCAGAAGCAGAGACCCAGGCGAUGCACCCUCCGGAAGCACAGACGCAUGAGGUACACCUUCAAGAAGAAGCACAGACCCAUGAGAUGCACUUUCCAGAAGAGCAGACUCAUGACAUGCACCUUCAAGAAGCAGAGACUCAUGAUGUGCACUCUCAAGAAGUACAGGUUUAUGGGAUGUACCCUCAAGAAACGGAGGCUCGCAGGAUGCACCCUCAAGAAAUGGAGGCUCGCAGGAUGCACCCUCAAGAAGCACAGACCCACGAGAUGCACCAUCAUGAAGCACAGACGCAUGAGAUGCACCAUCAAGAAGUACAGACUCAAGAGAUGGACCAUCAAGAAAUACAGACUCAAGAGAUGCACCAUCAAGAGUUCUCCCAAGAGAUGCACCAUUAUGAGCUCUCUCAAGAGAUACAGCCUUAUGAAGGGCACCAUCAAGAUUUACCUAUGCUUUCUAUUGGGGAUGGGCUUUCUGAUUUUGAUGUGUAUAUAUCUGAGAUUUCAUGUAGCCAACACAUGAAAUCAGAAUUGGAUCAGUAUCUCGAGGAGUCUCUCUUGCCUCGGGUACAAGAAUUUGAUGUGUUAGGUUGGUGGAAACUAAACAAACUGAAGUACCCAACUCUCUCUAAGAUGGCUGCUGAUAUUUUGUCAAUCCCAAUUUCUACUGUUCCUUCUGAUUCUGUAUUUGACACUGGAAGUAAAAGGAUAGAUAGCUACCGGAGUUCACUGCGACCUGUUACACUUGAAGCCCUUAUUUGUGCUAAGGAUUGGCUUCAAUAUGGAUCAUCAGCAUCAUCAUUGGAUAAUUCUAAUGCAAUUGUGAAAAUGGAAUAUUAGUUAUAUAGGAUUCAGUUUACAUCCUAUAGCGUAGAUAUUUUGACUUGGAUUUAGGCUUGUGAUUUUUGUUUUGUAUUUUUUGUUUCUGCACUUAUCAUGAGAUGCUAUUGUCUGGAUUUUGUUUUUACUUCUAAAGGAAUUGUGUUAAUCUUGAA